AUGCUAUUAGCCAAUUACGCCUCCGACUCGGAUUCAGAGGGUGAAUCGUCUUCUAGCAGACCUACCGCUGCCCCUGCUCCACCUAUUCGGACGACCGCCCUAGCCAGUUCUUCUUCUUCGACGGCGGCGGCCAAACCUGCUAUACCGAAGACCAAGAAACCUGUGAAAAUUACUCUGGGCUUUCCAAAGACUGGGGCGGACGAUGACGAUGAGACGAAGCUGAAGAAGAAUGGGGACGAUGUAGAUGAGGAUGGAGAGGAAAGGGAAGUGAAGAAACCUAAGAUAGCGGGAGGAAAGGGAAGCUCAUCUUUACUAGGUAUGCUUCCACCACCCAAACGUAAACUCCCUUCAUCAUCUACUUCAACAUCAAAAGCAUCAAGUUUGAAAGUGAACAAAUCAAUGGCCAAUCCCCCUUCUUCUUCCGCAUCAACAUCAAAGAUCAAUAUACCUAAACCCAUUCCAAGCAGUGCAGCUUCCAAAACCCAAACGAACGAUGAUGAUGACGAUGAAGAUGAUGUACAAGGACGAAAUGACCAAUUGUUACCUCCUUCUUUAGCUAGGAAAGCCCAGAAGAAGAAGGAUGAUGAACAGCUGGAUUUGUUCGGUUUAUCAUCAUCAACAACCUCGUCUAUCCCCACUUCAUCUUCCAGCAGCAGUAAGACCGCCCUCAAACCCACUCUGGUAUCUUCCGCCCCCCUCGCACCGGACUAUGUACCCCCUGCACCGACGCCCAACGACCUUUAUCCGGGGUACUACCAGCUCCCUUCAGGCGAAUGGAGAGCAUACAAUCCAGCAUACUACGCUUCCUUCUUCGCUCAACAGAAAGACGAGGAGGAAGACGAUGACGGUAGAGUCGGUAAACACUGGAAGGAAUUCAACGAUGGUUCAUUCAAGGAUGAUCUUGUCGAGGUGAAUGCCACUAGAGGUGUAGAAGAGGCUAGGAGGGAGGAAGAAAGAUUGAAUUUGAUGAAGAAGAGGAAAAUCAAUGAGAAUGAAUUUGAGUAUAAGCCAAUCGGGCAAGUCAAAGGUCUCGCUUCACAAAGACAUCAACUCACCUCACUGCUCAAUACGGCAUACACCCAGAGGGAAGAGCUGGAAGAGAGGAUCGCACAGAACAAGAAGAACAUGCGUAUGGCGGGGACAAAGUAUGGUAAGUCUACUUUCUGA